AUUAUUGGUCUGUCAUGGAUUCUUAUCGUAUUUUUACGUGAGAGCUGUGCUAUUCCCCAUCAAUUUUUCCAACAAAUUAAACGCCUCGUCGUCUUGUCUUUCACCUUCAGUAUGUGAAAUGCUUCGUGAUAAGUCAUAUCAAGUGAUUCCCGUCAAUUUCAACUCAUCACUCAACUGUUAAAUAUUGCACUGUGCAAGUUAGUUUUUUUUAGUGGCAAUUCUAGUGAUAAUGAGGUUGUUUUUUGUGAUAGUUUUCUUGUCUUUGGGGUUAUUCGGUGGGGCUCUUGGUCGGGGCAUACCCUUUCUCAAGCAGUCACAAUCUCCGGCAGACUACAAUGGGUUGUACAUGAAUACGGAUGCUGUGGAUGAGUUAAUUGGCAAAGAGCAGUUUCGGAAUUGGGUCUUCCAGCAAAAGAGAGCAUCCUUUGUUGAAUUUUACAAUUCUUUCUGUGGCUUUUGCCGUCGUUUUGCCCCACAUUGGAUACAGUUGGGCGAGAAGACAAAAUCUUGGAGGGAUAUUGUGGCAAUCUCAGCAAUUGACUGUUCAUCAGAUGAAAACAGUGACGUAUGCAGAGAUUUUGAGGUAAUGUCCUAUCCCACGAUAAGAUACUUUCCGCCCAAUUAUGAAGAAGGCCCCAAGCAAAUCGGAAAAUCAGUAUUCCGACCAGACCACGAUACACUCAAGCAAGUGUUGAUAAACUUUUUAAUCAAUGAUGACCAAAAAUUGGCUUCGUGGCCAGAUCUUGAAGACGUAACAGCAGAUAGUGCUGCAGAACUAUUUACAAAAGCCCCUCAAAACAUCAAAAUUGUCUAUGUGAUCCUGGAAAAUGUGCAGGAUGCCAAUAAAAAUACCACAGGAGCUCAAGUGAUCCUGGAUCUUCAUGGACUCCAAGACACUUUAGUCAGAAGAGCGUCAUCCUUGGACUUUCUACAUCCACAGUCAAGCACUAGACCUGCACUUUUUGCCAUCCACCGCGAAGAUCUAGCCAUUGAAGAACUUUCCGGAAAGGACGGAGAGCCCACAAGGGAGAUCCUCAGAAAGAGUAUUCUGGCACAUUUGCAGAAAAAUAAUAUAGCCAUUCCACAGACAUCCCCAUCAAUAAAUUUGCAAACUGAAGAGACUGCCAUUCGAGACAAGGACAUCCCAGAUUGGAUUAAACACAAGCAAGACAAAGCUAUCCAGGACAAAGUGGCCCAAAUGAAGGAUGUCGUAUUUCAAGCAGAUCUCGAACAGGCUGUAAGAUUUAGUCUCUUUCAUGAAAUUCCACGAUACGGAACCAUUAAGGAUGAACGACUCCUGGCCCUCAAACGCUUCCUCUCAGUCCUCAGUCGAUACUUUCCAUUUGGGGACAAUGGACGCAAAUUCCUCAAAGACCUGGAAACAUAUGCAGCUCAAAAGGAACACUCAAUCUCAGGCGAGGAAUUUGAGAAUGAGGCAAAAAGGCUUGAGGAGACAAAUAGGCCAGUAUUCUCGUCAUCAAAGUUCGUAGCAUGCUACAGCGAAGUAGACGGUCUCAGGAGAUACCCAUGUAGCCUAUGGCUUCUAUUUCACCAUCUAACAGUAGCAGCAGUAGAUCAAAAUAUCUCAACAGAUCCCUUAGAAGUGCUUCAUGCCAUGCACGGAUACAUUAAGCACUUUUUCGGAUGCACAGACUGCAGCAAUCAUUUUCAGGAAAUGGCCAGGAAAAAUCGCAUGUUCUCAGUGGCAAGCCAAGACAAUGCCAUCCUGUGGCUAUGGUCUGCCCACAAUGAAGUUAAUAAGCGACUUUCCGGUGAUACCACUGAAGAUCCUGCUCAUCCCAAAAUCCAAUUCCCAAGUGCCACUGAAUGUCCUCAGUGUCGACGGGGCGAUAAUGCCUCCCACAAUGACGAAAGUGAAAUAUCGUGGGAUCGCACAGAGGUGCUUUUCUUCUUGCGACGCAUUCAUGCUGUCCAGAACAUUAGUCGUCUGGGCGUGGAUGAUGAAUCUGCCCUACCAGCCUCCCUGGAUGUCAUUCGUGCCAAAAGAUACGUGAGUAAUGUGUUCUCGGACAUUGACAUGCGAAUGGGUCUCCUGCUGUACGGUUUUUGCAUCUGCAUGCUCCUAGCGGCAGUUAGAUUGUUCCUCAAACGUGGCUAUAGGAAGAAGAUGUACAUUCACGAUCUCCUGGGCAAGGUCUAAUGGACGAGACUGCGGUCAAUUUGUGCGACAUUCGCAUCUUAUCGAGGUCAAAUGGAUUAACAAAUACAUACGGAAAGUACAUUGACGUAA